UGGCUUUUGGUCUCUCUCUCCCUCCCUCCCUCCCUCCCUUGAAGCCUUGACUGUCCAGAGAGAGCAAUCCAGUGGAGAAAAUAAUCUCUUGUGGUCUGCAAGACACACCCUCCCACACACAUACAAACAAACAUUACACUAGGCUUAUUAGACACAAAACAUCUGCAGCAGCAGCAGAGCUCCUCCUUCAUAUCUUCCUCUAGCCCUUGUUGCUCUGUGUCUGGUUCAAGGGGAGGAGAGACAAGCUGUGUGUUGCAAUUGCAAGCCUAAGAGAGAAAGAGAGUGUGGUCAAAGGCUGGUCCAUAGCCCAUACAUACAUACAUCUAAUAGGGGAGGAAAACAAAAGAAUACAGUAGUCUAGGAGCAGUAUAUAUAUCAGUAACCAGUAAAAAUCUUGGAGCCAGUAACAAGCAGGCAGCUCAAAGUUACCCUGCUGCCUUUUGUAAGAACAGCCUCACUGUUCAUCCUUCUUGCACUAUAGCCACUGAGUGAGUAGCUUCUCCUUCCUCCAUUCCUUCCAAGUUGUAUGUGAUCUUGUUUUGCAUUGCAUGGGGUCACGGGGAGGACCCCAAGAAAGUAGUAGAAGAAGAAGCUUGGCAAGAUAGAUUAUAGGACAUGGCAGCAAGCAAGCACAGAUAACAAAAUGCAUUAUUAUUAUUCUAUGGCCUGGUAAUUUAGCAGCUUGCUUAUUACCUCCUCCAUCUUGGGUUUUGCAAGUAGUAUCUUCUUGAUAAGAUCCCAAGAUCCCCCACCAUGCACCUGACCUCAGUGCAGCCCCUUUUGGUUCUCUCUCUCCACUUAGUGCCUCCUGUGUUGAGAGUCCCAAGAAACACUGAGAAUUUUGUUGCAUCUAUCCUUGAGAAGAAGAACAGAAGCGUCAGCAGCAGCUGCUGCGGCAGCAAGAAGCAUCUUCUCUCUGGAGAGGCGCCGCCGAGACGAGGAAGGAUCAGGAGGAGGCAUGGAUCUUUCUGGCACGCAGGGCGAGCUCGCGAUCCCAAUGCACGCCAACGUCGUCUCGCCCUACGGCGGCGGUGGCGGCGUCGGCGGUGGGAGAGCCGCCGGCGGCCAUGUCCUGCAGCUGCAGCAUGAGCACCAUGGCAACAACAAUGGCCAGUCCCCAGUGCUGCCUCCGUCGCCGCCUGCCGCGGCGGCAGAGGAGAUGGAGAGCUCCUCGAAGAAGCGCGGGCCGGCGGCCGGCGCCGGCAUUGGUAGCGCCGCGGUGAGGUACCGCGAGUGCCUCAAGAACCACGCGGCGGCCAUCGGCGGCAACGCCACCGACGGGUGCGGCGAGUUCAUGCCGAGCGGCAAGGAGGGCUCGCUGGAGGCGCUCAAGUGCUCCGCCUGCGGCUGCCACCGCAACUUCCACCGCAAGGAGUCGGACGAUGACGACGACGACAUCUACGCGGUGGGCGACGGCUUCGGCCGAGGCCACGGCCCCCGCGCCACCCACCGCCUCCUCGCCCCCGCCCUGCCGCACCACAGCGAGGGCGGCGGCGGCGGCGGCGGGCUCCUGGUCUCCGCGGCCGACCCCUACGGCGCCUACGCCGCGGCGCGCGCGCUCCCCCCGGCGCUGCCACCGCCGGGGCACGGGCACGGGCACGUCCACCACCACCCCCACCACCAGUACGUGAUGCCGCUGAACAUGCUGCACACCGGCUCGGAGUCCGACGACAUGGACGGCGGCGCGGCGGGCGGCGGCGACGCGGCGCGCGGCGGCGGCGGCGGCGGCUCGUCGUCGUCUUCCAAGAAGCGGUUCCGCACCAAGUUCACCCCGGAGCAGAAGGCCCGCAUGCUGGAGUUCGCGGAGCGCGUGGGGUGGCGCCUCCAGAAGCUCGACGACGUCAUGGUGCAGGCCUUCUGCCAGGAGAUCGGCGUGAAGCGGCGCGUGCUCAAGGUGUGGAUGCACAACAACAAGCAGAACCUCGCCACCAAGCGCCUGGAGGCCUCGCCGCAGGAGCCGCCGGCGAUGGCGUCCCCGCCGGCGCCGCCGCUGAUGCCUCUCCAGAUGAUGCCCGCUGCAAUGAUGCCGCCGGCCGCUGGGCCCUCCGGCUGCCACCGCGGCGGCCCCGGGUCCCCGCCACCGCCGCCCAAGCUCGAGUGACCCCGACUGACAAAGAAGCUAAUGGAGGCGAUCGCAAUGCUGCAUGCCGUCGUUCGGUCCAUGGUGAUCGUUCCUUCCAUUCUUGAUCCGUCCUGGUAACCUAGCUAGCAAAUCGAUCGCCAUUUCACUGUUCCAUUAAAUCCGCCACCAUGUGAUCUACCGGCGUCCAAGAAGACAGAGGAGUGAACUGAAACAACAAGAGAUUUAGAGAGAACAUGUCGAGGUUAUUAUCGUCUUUUUUCUUUUCCCUUUCUUUUUUUUCGGUGUUUGUUGCUUUGUCAUGAGGUAGGGGAGCAACCAAGCAUGCAUCAUAGUAGGUGAUUUUCAACUGCAACUGGACUCAGUUUCCUCUGAUUUUUUUUUCUCUGAAGAAAACCAAACCAAAUAUCCUAGACUAUUUCAGUUGUUAUUAUUUUCCU